UGAGGCAGGCUUUUCCCCCUCGUCCCAGUGUCCGAUUCCUUGUCCCACCCUCACGGUCGUGAUCCCCGCCUCCUGUUGAGGGGUAACGCCUGCCCCCGGGUUUGUUUGCCCCCUUCCCCUCCAACUCUUAACUAUCCAUCCCCUGCAGUAUGAUUGACCGAGUGGGGGCGCACGCCCCCAAGGAAGUCUUCUUCCGCGUGGCGGCCGAGAUGUUCUCCGACGGGACCUUCAACUGGGGCCGCGUGGUGGCGCUUUUCUACUUCGCCUGCAAGCUGGUGCUCAAGGCUCUCUGCACCAAAGUCCCGGAGCUGGUGCGAACCAUUGUGGGCUGGACGUUGGAGUACCUGCGGGACCACGUGCUGGCCUGGAUCCAGGCCCAAGGAGGAUGGGACGGCCUCCUUUCCUACUUCGGCACGCCCACCUGGCAGACCAUCACCAUCUUCGCCGCCGGAGUCCUCACCGCCUCCCUCACCAUCUGGAAGAUGUCCUAGGGUGGGGUGGGGUGCGCUCCGCGGCACCCCACGACCGGACGGACUGUGCUGGGCUCCCUGGCCCAGGCUGCGCGCUCUCGCAGCUCCUCGUGCCUUGUGCUCCACUCAAACAAACCUCUCGGGACCGCGCAUCGGAUUCCUCAGCCUGGCCUGCACCUCCUGGACCUGGACCGACUCGCUGGGGGGUGGCACAGCUGCUCCGUGGGGCCGGGCAACCC